GCCCCGAGGAGCCGCGGGGAGAGGAGGAGCGGGCGUCCCUCCGGCCAGGACGGCCCCUGGUGGAUGAAGCCAGGCAGACUCCAUCUGGCCAGGUGUCCCACACACUGCUCUGCGGUGGAACAGGUCUGGUGGCAGUAACCUGCACUGCUCCUCUCUCUUCGGCCCCACUCCAGGUACCCAAGUGGAUGUCUAUAGGUGUGACGCUGGGCCACCUGGCCAUGUCCUUCUGGCGCCUGCGCUGUGCUGUGGCCUCCCGCUGGCCGACUCCUUUGAGACGCGGAGGAAGCAGCCCCCUGCACACGGCCCCAGCCGCCUGUCCUGACAAGAGCGCCCCUGUGUUUACCCGCGCCCUGGCCUUUGGAGACAGGAUUGCUCUCGUCGACCAGUAUGGCCACCACACAUACAAGGACCUUUACUACCACAGCCUCCGCCUGUCCCAGGAGGUGUGCAGGCUCCGCGAGUGCACUGGCGGGGACCUCCAGGAGGAGAGGGUCUCCUUCCUGUGCUCCAACGACGUCUCCUAUGUGGUUGCACAGUGGGCCUCAUGGAUGAGCGGAGGCAUUGCUGUCCCCCUCUACAAGAAGCAUCCCCCAGCCGAGCUGGAGUAUUUCAUCCGGGACUCCCGGAGCUCUGUGGUCCUUGCGGGCCAGGAGUACAUGGAGCUCCUGCGCCCAGUGGUCAAGAAGCUGGGGGUCCCACUGCUGCCUCUCUCGUCCACAGUUUAUGGUGCGGCGGCCGAGGAGCCUGGGGAGGGGAAGGUUUGGGAGCAGAACUGGAGGGACCGUGGUGCCAUGAUCAUGUACACCAGUGGGACCACGGGGAGGCCCAAGGGAGUCCUGAGCACUCACCACAACAUCAGGGCCAUGGUGACAGGGCUGGUCCACAAGUGGGCGUGGAGUAAACACGAUGUGAUCCUGCAUGUCCUCCCGCUGCACCAUGUACACGGCGUGGUAAACAAGCUGCUCUGUCCCCUUUGGGUGGGGGCCACCUGUGUGAUGCUCCCUGAGUUCAAUGCUCAGCUGGUUUGGGAAAAGCUCUUGGGCUGUGAAACUCCACGGAUUAACGUAUUUAUGGCAGUGCCUACAAUCUAUGCCAAGCUGAUGGAUUAUUAUGACAGACAUUUCACCCAGCCUCACGUCCAGGAUUUUGUCCGUGCGGUUUGUGAAGAGAGGAUUAGGUUGAUGGUUUCAGGCUCAGCUGCCCUGCCUCUGCCUGUGCUAGAGAAGUGGCAAAGCAUCACAGGCCACACUUUGCUGGAACGGUACGGGAUGACGGAGAUCGGCAUGGCGCUGUCCAACCCUCUGACCACAGUGCGCGUGCCAGGUUCCGUGGGGACCCCGCUGCCAGGCGUUGAGGUGCGCAUUGUCUCAGAAAACCCGAAGAAGGAGGGCUGUCCCUAUGUGCUCCAUGCAGAAGGAAAUGAAAAGGAGACGCAGGUGACCCCAGGGUUCAAGGAAAAGGAAGGGGAGCUCUUGGUCAGGGGACCAUCUGUGUUCCGAGAAUACUGGGACAAACCAGAAGAGACGAGACAAGCCUUCACCUGGGAUGGCUGGUUCAAGACAGGUGACACGGCCGUGUUUAAGGACGGCAUGUACUGGAUCCGGGGCCGAACAUCCGUAGACAUCAUUAAGAGCGGUGGCUACAAGAUCAGCGCCCUGGAGGUGGAGCGGCUCCUGCUGACACACCCCAGCAUCACCGAUGUAGCUGUGAUUGGAGUUCCAGACAUGACAUGGGGCCAACGGGUCACCGCAGUGGUGACCCUGCAAGAGGGACACUCGCUGUCCCACAGAGAGCUCAAAGAGUGGGCAAGGGGCUUCCUGGCCCCAUAUGCUGUGCCUUCGGAGCUCCUGCUGGUGGAUGAGAUCCCGCGGAACCAGAUGGGGAAGAUCAACAAGAGAGAUCUCCUCCGGCAGUUCUAUCCGAGCAACCAGGGUGACCUGAGACCAGGCGCCAGUGAGCCGGAUUCCCCUUUACCUAGAGCCCCCUAACCCAGACAGAAGCAAGAUCACAGUACUCUGCCCAAGGCUGCUGGGGAGUGGCACUCACAGCACAGCUGCAGUCGAGCUUUUCCAGAAUGUUCUGUACCCAGAACAUGUGUCUAAAAAGAGCAGCAAAACCAAGUGGGGGGGCCACUGGUCCUGGGCAGGGGGAGGUGACCAUAGAAAGGCCAUAGACGCCGGCAUGACCGCCCCCCACCCCUACGCCAUGCAGCCUAACUCUCCUCCCAGCCUCCCAGGGGCCAGGUUUGCUCCGGUGAUCAGCCCACGCUCCUGCCUGAGGCUGGGGCACACACAGUGGUCACCACCUACUGAGCAGGCUGGCUACCCAAGGCCAGCUCAGCUGCCUGCCUGCCAUCCAGCUCUUCUCAGGGGGACGGCCGUUGGCAUCACAUCCAACACUGCGUGACCAGGCUUCUGGCUGUCCGAGGUCUUCCCUUGUGGUGACUAGGGAGCCACAUGCCACUGGAGACACUCCAAUCGAGCACUGCAAGUCUUCACUGAGUCUCACUGGUUUCCACUGUAUCUCAUACUACUGGACAUUUUGAUUUCUGAAAAAGUUUAUGUAAUUAUUUGGUCUAUGCUAUGAUCUGUAUGAAAUACUUUCAAAAAAUAAUCGUCCUCAACUGACAAGACCACA